AUGGACUGGAUCGGCGUGCACGCGACAUUUCUUCGCUGCUUCGAGCACUCGUCGCUGUCCACGAUGGCCGCGGCCAUGCAAGCCCCCUUCGAGCACGCCAUGUCCCUGUCCCAGAGCACAGCGCCCCCGACGAACAUAUUCACGCUCUCCGCCCAGCCUAUUCGCGUCUUCGUCGAGGCAUCAGGGGUGCAAUCACGGCCAAAGCUUAUUCGUUCCUUACGUAAUGCUGGAGCGCAUAUAUCCCUGAGUCCAAACGAUGCGCAAGUGAUUCUGGUUGAUUCUUCCACUCUGGAAGGUGUACAAUUCGUCCGUGAAUGGACCGCGGACUCUGGCAAGGUCGUGCUGGAAGCGAUCUGGGCUCGCAAAUGUAUGAAGGCCGGGAGACUCCUCUGGGACGCAGACAAUUGGGGAGGAUGUCUCUGCGCCCUCUCGAGUGACGGCCAGAGUGUCGUGAUCGCCACUCCCCAGGAGGAGCCCAACCAUCUCCCUACCCCAAGCCCGACACCAACAAGGCCUGUACCAGGUCCCAGUGCAAGGCCUGCAGCGCCCCCAGCACCAGCUGCAGAGAGUCGGCCUCUUUCCAGUAGUGGCACCGCGCAUAGCAAUGGUGCCGCUGCUGUGGCUCAGUCGAGUCGCCGUAGUUCCUCCGUACAAUUGAACCAUGUCCCAUCCCCAGGACCAUCGUCGUAUCCGCCUCCCCCACCUCCCUCUCAGGGCACACCGCAGCUUCCAUACCCUCAGUUGCAGACUCCUGCACAGCUGCUGGCCCUUCAGCAGCAGAUGCAGCAAAUCCCCCCCAAUAUACUCCCAGAACUACUCAACAUGUAUGCUUUGCAGCGUAUGACGUAUCCGGGCUUGCCUAUGAUGCCUUACAACCCCAUGUUUUAUCCCUCUCAGCCUGACCAGGCUCAAAAUAUCCCAUACAAUCCGCUGCAGCCCCAUCCGUCGCAACCACUGCCGCAGCCCCAACAACAGCAGCAACAACCUUACUCGCCGCUCAGGAUGUCGAACAUGUCUCCACCUCCACCGGUUGCACGACCGCCAAGCGCACGACCACCCUAUUCCUCGUCUUCGCAGACCUCGAGAGAUGCGCAAUCGCCCUUCUCUAGACCCGUUUCGUCAUCUCAUAAACGCAAAACGCCGCCCUCCUUGUCACCUUCUUCCUAUUCACCUUCGCCCUCGCCGUCAGCGUCUGCUGCCUCUGUUUCGACCCCUAUGCGAUCGAAGGGUAAGGAGCCCGCUGACUCGCAUAGGGACGCGACUCCCGACCUCUCACAGCCUAGCCAGACAGCCUCGUCGUCGCGAGGGUCGCCACCUCGGCGGACGAUCCUUUCUCACCGGAGACCUGGUGAAAUCUUCAUCUCGGACGCUGGAGAGCCUCUCCUCUUUCACGUGCAGGUGGACCUCAAAAAUCGGAUGCAAGUAUUGCAGGCCAUCAAGAAGAACGGUGGAAAGAUCACACCGGACAUCGAAAACGCGGACUAUAUUAUCCUGUACACGCGCUCCAAGACAUUCAACGCUCUGUACGACAGCACGGAGGCCAACGGCAAGGUUCCCGUCCAGCCUACGUUUGUCCUGGACUGCGUCGAAGAGAACGCGCUGCUCGAUCCUGAGAACUACAUCCUCGAGCAUCCGGACCCGAAACGCAGGCGGAAGAAGGCGAAGAACAAGACCAAGGCUAACGGGAAGGGGACGCCUGCGAAGAGCAAGGCUGCCUCGGCUAAGAGGACGAGGAGGACGAGGAUAGUCCCGGUUUCGGGUGACGACGACGGAGGAGGCGUAGGGGAUUCCCCGCCGCCCCCUACUAAUACCAUCCUGCUUCCCACUGGGAAGUAUCUGUUUACAGACGAAGAGCGAGAGUAUGCGAGGGAUUACAUUGAGCUGUGCCUGACGAGGGAUCCUACUACGAGCGGGACGCGAAUUGCCCAAAAGCUGGCAGCGAAGAUGCCCAAUCACACGCCUAGCUCUUGGAGCACCGUUGUCGGUAGGAUGAAUGCGUGGACUGACUCCGUCAGAAAGCGGGUUUCCGCCUCACGUAUGCAGCCGCAAAGUGCUGCAGACGCUCCUACUCCGGAUGGUGUGUCCCAUGGUACUGGAGGCGGUGGCGGGGAAGUUAGCCAAGCUGGUGGAUCUGCAGAUGAUAUAUACCACCAAGAGCUCAACUAUCUGGUGCAUUUUUUGAUGACCAAUGAUCCUAAUGAAAGCGAAGAGCAGACGUUCCAGAGGCUGGAGAAUCAAGCACCUUGUCGAACGUCUGCAAGUUGGAUCCAAUUUUAUGAUGAACAUGUGGAAGACAUCACUAGAGCCUUAGGGUUCGAUGCGGGAGGUGUAGCGCCUGAAUCUGGUCACAUGAAUCCCGAACCCAAGGUCGAAGAGACGUGA